CAUCCCUCUCCCCACCUGUGUUGAUUUUAACUGCUGCCUGUGCAUUUCUGCAGACAAACACUGAGCAUCAAGUGAUUUCAGCACAAUCUUGAACUGGAAUAAUGAAGCUUUCACAAACUGCAGGGGAUCCAGCUCUGCGGAAAGAUGUAUCUGAUCCUAAAUAUAAAGGUUUUUGGCUUCAAGAUGCUCUACUGGGUUUUCCCAAGCAAAUCAUCAGCAAAAAUCGUUGCAGUGAUGUCCCUGAAUCUAUGGGUUAUAAGGACUGGCUCUGUGCCUUAUGCUGCAUAAGAUUGGGGUGCUUGGAUUAUCCUAAAAACGAGAAACAACCUUUAGUCAACAAUAACAACCAUAUCCAAAACUACUCUGUCAUCCAUGACGAUGAGCGCAAUCUGUGGAGCUCCCCUCAUGAUCUGUCUCACACAGAGGCUAUGGACGAUCGAAUGCUGCACAACUGGAUCCAGACCAGGAGCCAGCUAGACAAAGAUUCAGAGGAAUGGCAAAAGCUCAACUAUGAAAUCUACACACUGAGGCAAGCAAGGAGGGAGGUGAGAUCCAGAUGGAGGCGGAUCCUAGAAGACCUGGGGUUCCAAAAAGAAGCAGAGUCUCUGCUAUCUGUUACGAAGCAAAGCACUAUUAGUAAUCCAAAGAAUAUGAAAAGAGCCAUGGAGCUGUUGUUACGUCUAGCUGAUGAUACCUACAUUUUCCCAACAGGAUGGGACCUACCAGAGCGGUACUUGUAUAUAAUGGACCGACUGGUCUGUCUAGAUGCAGUAGAUGAGUUCUUCCAGAUUGCUCACAAGAAGUAUCCAAAGACAAAAAUGGAAACCAAGUCUAAAAUAAAGGAGUGAGAACAUUUUGGACCACAAUAAUGGCUGAACCCAAAGCCAUGUUCUUCCCUGUUGUAGACCUGUCUCAAAUAAGAGUGUGAUUUCGUAAUACUUCUGCAAAUUAAAAAAACUAGUCCUUCAAACUUAAAACAGACACAGAUCCCCAAAGGAAAAACACAAUCAUUAGUCAAUCCUGAAUAAACUUCUCUUUCGGAUGUGGAAUAUCUGAAUGGGAACUGUGAGAUCAACUCUUGACUUCACUCCUCCAUCAUACGAAGCCACAAACCAUGAGAUCAAUGGAAAGUAAUUCCCAAUGAGAAACAAACAUUUUCCCACCCACACACAUCCUCCUCUGAGCUGGCAGAACUUUUAAUGGUAAACCAUUUCAUAUGGGUUUUAUGAACAUACUGUGUUGGAAUCAAAGAACGUGCCAUAUGCAGGAGCUCCUGCAGUAACAAACAGACUACUUCAGUCAAAUUUUAGGCUUUAAGUACAGAUUGUUAACAUCUCAAUUUUCUUCAAGGUUUGAAAUGUGCUAAAGAUGAUGAUCAAGAUAACUAUUGAUUACCAGCAUACAAAUGUCCUGAGCAAAUAACACAGGAGCAGCUAACUGGAGUACUCUUACUUAGAAUUUUCUUUUUAAUUCUAAAUACUAAUAAAAAAAAGUAUUUAUAAAGAUGGCUUUUAGAAUAUUAAGUGUUUUACUGCGCUGCUACCACUUUUGCGAAAUAAUAAUAGUUACCAUCUAUGGCAGUGGUAGGAAACCUUCAGCUCUCCUGAUGUUGUGGACUACAACUCCCAGAAUGCUGUUACAGUCAUAAUGCUGCAAAACCAUCAGGGGGAUGCACUUCUCAAUAUCUGGAGUGCCAAAGGUUGCCUACAUCCAAUCUAUGGUGUGAUGUAUCCUUCUUUACUUGCCAUGUAAGUGUUAUCUGUGUGCUGAGACUCUUGGAUGGCCUGUUGAUGUAUUGAGUAGAGCCAAUCUAGGCAAUCAUUUUUGUGAUUUUGUUGAAUUAAUGAAUGGUUUGUAUUUUUGGUUAUCCAGAAUAACUGCCUUCUGAUGGUGCAUUUUACCAGGUGGUUACCUUGGGAAAUGCAACAGUGAGACUUGGAGAGUGAAUAGAAAAUCACGGCUUCAACUUACUUUAGUCAUACCUAAUCACAUUGCUAUGUUAGAUAUCAGUACACUAGAUCUGUAGACAUACUUUCUGGUAAAUAUUUUAUAUAAAAGCAAAUUGUAGUAGCAAACCUUUACAGGUGAAAGAUAAAUGUUAGGGCUGGCCCUAAUCUGAUAAAGCUUAAUCUGCACAAUGAAUGCAACAAAAUAGAAAAAUAUGUAUGUUUAGGUUUCUUCCGUUUGAAGUGGGUUCAUGUGGAUCGUUGAGAAUCGGUAUGGGAAGUUGGUUACGAUUUUGUAGUUUGACUGAUUCUCAUAUCGAAGUUUAAAAUUUUUUUGUGCCUAUGAGCAUAGAAUGUUUCUGCUCCUCAACUAAUAAUUUGAAUGUAUCUGAAAAUAAAGGGUCAACCACAAUAGCGUCUUUGUAAUCAUGAUUAUGGUUCUGAAGAAUGUGCAAAUCUUUGUACUAACUUUUACAAAGUUAGGGAACAAUACAUUGAACAUGUUUUACUGAUCAUUUGAUGUUGAUGCUGGUAGCCAGAGAUACCCACUACUCCACAGCACUCUAGAUAUACCUACUAAAACUUCAUGAAGUCAGUUACUUGCAAGGAUUUGACUCUUUUUCUUGAUAUUUAAAGUAGUGAAACACUUGUCUGAAACUUGAUCGUGUCUUCACCACCAAAACCUACAUGGUGAGAAGUACAAUUUAGAAUGGGUAUGAUUUAAUCUUCUGCCUGCUCUUAUUUGAGUUUCAGGAAUGAUAUGAAUUGAUCAACUGUAUAAAGUAUUUAUUCUUGUAAAGAAACUGUG